UCCUUCAUGCGGCGAACGGACCGCACGAGGCCGCGCCGACGCACGAUACCCCAUUUCGACUACGUUUGCGCGUUGUGCACUCUUCUACGGGGUGCGUCCGUGCCGGCGACGCUGUUCAUGGACGGCAGACAGUUUCCACGGCACUCGACGAACGCCGUUCCUCGUUCAGUCGUAGCGAAACAAUUCCAUUCGACCCAUAGAAUCGCGUCGAUAUCGGGUUCGCGAUAAAAUCAACCGAUCGGAUUCAACUGAUCGUCGAAUUUUCCCCGCGAAUACGCGAGAAUAAUUUUUGAUAAAAGCUUCAUCGUGAGAACACGCGACCAUCGUUGGCAAAGGAUGCUGCAAGCAGCGUGCAACAACGUGGCAAGCUUCUGAAACCAGUUUUUUAACGAGGAAAUUACAUUGGAUCUCCUUGGCUCUCCCCGGAUCUCCCCGUCUCUCCCUGGCUCUCCCCACUUGCACGGGCAUACGGAAAUGAUUCUUCAAGAGAUUUCGCAUCUUUUACAGUGUGGCUCGCGUUUACUAACGAGAAAUACAAGUUUGGUGAAGUAGAUGGUUGUUUGGGGAUGGAUCUCCCCGAUUAAAUCGACCGCUUGACGUCGCGAGAUGAGUAACAGAUGACAGGGUCGCGCUCGUGGAUCAAUGUAAACGACAAACAGGCUCCGGGCUCCUCGAUCGCAUCUGAGAGGAGGUGGCGAAGGGCGAAGUCGUCGCGAGGUAGACUGUUGAUCGACCGUGUAUCGAAAAGGACGGGAAAAUCCGAAUAUCGCGAAAAAUAUAGAUGAGAAAUGAAAAAGGGAAAACGAGAGAUGUUUUCGUAUUUAGAGACGGGAUGUUCUGUUCUCUGAGAAGAGAAUUUUUCAAAUAAUCCCGAAUUCUCCGAAGAUAUCCGUCCAAAGACAAAGGGAGGACGGAAGAGACGGAUAAUAAAAAAUCCUGGUUCGACUUUUCGCAAGAUCGCUGACUGGUAAAAAGGAAAACGAAGAAUAAUCUACGGUAACGAUUCGACUCGAGCGAUUCGACGAGCGACUGGGAAAAGUUUGUUCCGCGUCGACGAGCCGAUAUGCCCAGUGAAACGACUGUGGGAAGUUGAAGACUGUCGAGGCGAUCGCUGCCAAGGUUUGCCAGCACACCAAAUGGACGAGGCUCGAGGGAGGAUAGUGGAACGAUAGGAGGCGACCGGUUGCGGCUGCAGCUGCGGCGUCGGUCGCUGCACCUGCAGCUGCAGCUGCGGCGACGACGAGGCUGCCGGUAACGGCGUGUAGACGGUGGCUGAAACGAUGCAGAGCACCGGCGACUACUAUCAGAGGGCGCCGAGAUGCUGUCCAGGAAGGAACGCGAACGCGAAUGCGGACGCGUUGAGGAUCAGCGCUUCCGUGAGGGGAGCGGAAUUGCUGUGUUGUUGCUGCAGUUGCAGCACGGCAACAUCUACCAAGACACCAGGAUUGUUGGCCAGUUUAGGAGUAUGCGUGCUUGUGCUGGGGUACACGCUGCUUGGUGCAUUCGCUUUUAUGGCGCUGGAAGGUGGUCUGAAGUCGGAUGCAGCGAACGACUUACUCGUUUCCACGAGUUCAAAAUCUGAGGGAGGAUCGUACGUGGUACCUAGUCUUGAAGAUGAUGCCGCUAUGGAACUGAGAGCACGUACCGUUGAAAGGCUCUGGAGUAUCACAGAGGACUUGAAUGUACUGUACAAGGAAAACUGGACGAGGCUAGCAGCGAGAGAAGUGUUUGAAUUCCAAGAAAAUCUGGCACGAGGUCUUAGGAGAACUUCUUCGCAAUACGAACCAUCAUCUCGAUCCAGGGACCAUUCCAUAGAUAGGAGACCACAUCGAAGAUGGACCUUCAGUGGUAGUUUGCUGUACUCCUUGACUCUGAUUACCACCAUAGGAUAUGGUAGCGUGGCACCUCGCACAGUCUGGGGUCGUUUGAUCACAAUAGUGUACGCUCUAGCCGGGAUUCCCUUAAUGCUAGUCUAUUUAAGCACGGUUGGUGAUGUCCUCUCAAGGAGCUUCCGCCGUUUGUAUGGCCGAUUGUGUAGACCAAGAAAUUGCAGCAGAAAGCAACAACCACCUCCACCGCCGCCUCCUGUAGGAGGAAUUAUGAGCAAAACUUACAGAUACGAUAACCAUGUCGAUUCAAAAUCUGGAAAUUAUUAUUCGGCUAGUAGAGAGAGCUCCUGCGAUGAUUUAGGAACUAGAGGCACCAGUAGUGCCAUUUUAUUGGAUUGUGGAAGCGAGGGAUUGCUUCAUGCUACUACUAGCUCUACUGCUGCACUUCAGGAUAUGUCAUCGGGAAACAGUAAACGUCAUUUUCAUCCGUGCUCACUGUCCCUAUCGACGAACUCGUCACCAGGCUACGUGGUGGAAACGAAUCCCGUGAGGAUACCGAUUAGUCUUUGCUUGGUGAUUAUGCUGAUCUACAUAUGCGGUGGCGCGCUAAUGUUUAACCGUCUGGAAGGUUGGAGCCUCUUGGAAGGCGGUUACUUCUGCUUCACCAGCCUCGGAACCAUUGGUUUCGGUGACUUAAUGCCCGUUGGACGAAACGCCGCGUCCGCUACUCUGGAGGAGCUCAGCUUGUGCGCCUGCUCACUCUACAUACUCGCCGGGAUGGGCCUGAUCGCCAUGUGCUUCAACCUCGUCCAGGAGGAGGUGGUACGCGUGGUCAGGGUCUUCGGUAGAACCUGCGGCAUGUCGUCGGGGGUGGUGGUCGGACCUAUCGGUGGUACAGGUACCAGUCCUGGGCUCAAGGCCGACUUGGAUGACGGAGGAGGUACCAGUGACUCGCGAUUGUCCGAACAAGAAGAAGAAGCGAUCGCCAUGUCCAUGGUGCCAACAUCCUGACAGCAUCAGGCUAGGAGUCCCGCGGACGGGAAGCUCCUGGCCCACACGUCCAACACUGCCAUAAAACCAUCACCAGGUCAUCAUUCUCUGCCACGAAAGAAAACAUCCGAAUCCAGAAAUUCUUCGACUCAACAGUUUCAACGUGCCCAAUCUUUAAGACGCAGUUGUCUGUCUCCAACACAAUAUCAUCAUCAUCAUCAACAUCGUCAACAAGAAAGUUCCUUACACUUCGAGUACUUUGUGCCUAGAAGCGUGAGUGAGUUCAAUCUGGCAGCAGCGGCGGUUACAGACAUGGCUGUGCCACCACCGCCACCUACUUCAGUUUUACGACCAUCCUCAGCUGUCACGCCACCGGUACCUUCGGCAUCUAAUUCCGCAUCGACGAAUCAGUCUAGAUUAUUGGAAUGUACAGGAACGGCGACAAGAAGCCGCGAGAAGAUGGUCACGUUUGAGGAUGAGGGCGUGAGUUGCGCCACCUCUACACCCACAAGGAAAAAUGUUUCCGGUUUGGAGAAUGUUUUCAUGUGACGCUGCAAUCAUGGAUGAUUUUGUGAAGGAAAAUUUGAAUUUAAGUGGAUGAAAGAAUAUUGGUGGAAUGUUCUGUGUUUUGGCUAUAUCGAAAAAACGAUAAAUAAAGUUUUAACGUAAAAAAUUCAAUGGAAUUAUUUUGGAAAUUAAUUGUAUGGUGAAUGAAUGUUGAUCAACAAUCAAAAAAAAAAAAAAAAUAGAUCGAACAAGAAAAAUUAUGUAGCAAUAUAUUUCUUCUAUAUGACCAAAGAAAUGCAAUUAAAUCAGUAUAAUUAGUACUUUUUCAUUAUAUUAUGAAAAAAAAGAAUAUAAGAUGACUUGUGACGGGUCUCUGAAAAAAUCUUGUAAAGUAUAAGUGAAGUGUUUGUGUAUACAUUUUCAGAUUAAACAAUAAGACACGAACUUCAAACAAAUGAAAGUGUCUAAAACGAAAAUCCAUAAGUGAGAAUUUUUAGAGAAUGGUUCGCCAUAAUGAAAGACAUUAGAUUUCUACCAUUUACAUUAUAACUACUGUUACUAUAAUAAUAUUUAACAUUCUUAUCGCUGCUGAUAUUCUUCUUACCAUUAUCAUUGCUAAGUGACUUGAAACGGACGGAUUUUCUUCGCGAGAGUUGUGUAAAUUAUUGAAAUAUAUUAAAGUACAUCACCUCCUUUUCCUAAAAACAUACUUAUUUUAAUAAUGAGUGAGACAAUCGAAAGUAAAUAAUUAUUCGUAAAAAAAAACUGAAAUAUUUAAUAAAUUUUAAUUACUUACUUUAAUUUUCUAUAAAUUUAUUUUAAUAAAUAUUUAUUAUAUAUUUAAUAUUUAUUUUUUCUUCAUAUAAACAGAAAAAAUAAAUGUUUUAGGAGAAAGAGGUAAUGUAAAAAACGAAAGAAAGAUGCAGCCUUAAAAAACACCUGAUAGGUGAUUCAAUUAAUAUUGUUAUAAAAAGACAGAUAAAUAUAAAAUAUAAAAGAAAGACGUGCACGAUCAUAAAACGGUCUGUUCUAGUAUAACUUUUAAGAAGAGUCAUUUAAGCGAAUGUCGAAUAUUAAUUUUAAUACAAGUUCAAUAAACAAGUUUACGAA